AUGAAUACGGUUAUUUUAGCAAUUUAUUCCUUAAAUGUACUUAUCCCUAAAAUGCAACAACAAUCUGACCAUGAAAAAAUUUCUCAAUCUACUGUUGUAAGAAUCAAACAAUACAAGAAAGAAACAGUGUUGUGGUAUAUUGCAACUGAAGAAUGUACCAAUGCUGUUUCUGUUCAAAAAAAGCUAAAAACUGAUGAGGAAAUUAUUGUUAGUGAAAACACAAUCAAAUGGACUUUGCGUCAUAACAGAUUAAGAGCCUGA